AUGGAAAUGGAACGUGCUGUCGGUCAAAUUGCUACGGGACUGAGAGCAAGCUCAAGCAAUGAAAUGCAGAACGAUCCCAAAAUGCACUUCGCAUGGCUUUCUAAACUGGGUGAAGCUUGGAAAGACUGGUGUGAACGAACGACGUUGGUCUGCAAUAUCCUUGUUUUAUUAGAUCAAAGGUAUCUUUUGGAGCAAAGUGAAUUGCCUUCACUCUGGAACCUUGGCAUGGAUCUCUUUAAGCAUUCGGUAUGCUUAGGUGAUGAGAUCGAAUCUCGUAUCGAGACAAGUAUUACGCAAGUUUGCAACAUGAUGAGGCAAACGAAAUCGAACGAGUACAAACAACUGCACACGACAUUGUUACCAAUCUUUACCACCCUUGAUCUCUAUGAUUCUCUAGAGAACGUUUUGUUGGCCGCAACGAGAUCUUACUUUGGAGCUUUAUCGAGCGCAUCUAUCGCAGAUCAUAGCGUGAAUGCAUAUCUCGUUCAAGCUGAUGAAUUAGUGCAGCAAGAAAAAGAGUAUGCAACGUGGCUAUACAAUGACAAAGCAGGAGGCUCAAAGAAUCUGAAGAUCGUGUAUGAACAGCUGAUCACUCAGCACGCAGAAAAGCUUAUCGGAGACCUUUCCAAUCUUUUGUCAAAUGCGGAAAACUCCAUGCCAGCAUUAGCAUUGUUGUACGCUUUCUUGUUGGACGUCAAGAAACUUCCACCUCUCCGCACAGCCUUUGGUCAAUACAUUCGUGAACAAGGUGAAAAGAUUGUUUUGGACAGUGAAAAGGACGAGACGAUGAUUGAACGAUUGCUGGAAUACAAAAGUACAAUCGAUCAGAUUGUUUCCAAUGCGUUCAAAAGUGACGAAGGAUUCCUACAAACGCAAAAAGAUAAUUUUGAAACCUUUGUCAAUAAACGACAAAACAAGCCUGCCGAAUUGAUUGCCAAAUUCCUCGAUUCGCGCUUACGAAGUGGUAAUAAGACGAUGUCUGAUCAAGAGAUGGAACACGUUCUCAAUGAAGCACUCGUACUUUUCCGUUAUACGCAUGCCAAAGAUAUGUUUGAAGAAUUUUACAAAAGAUUGUUCGCCAAAAGACUCUUGCUCAAUCGGUCAGCCUCUUCAGACGCAGAACAGAGUAUGCUGUUGAAGCUAAAGGAAGAGUGCGGCGCAGCAUUUACUCAAAAGCUGGAGACGAUGUUGACAGAUAUUGCACUUUCUGAUGAAAUGAUAAAAGCCUACAAUUCCAGCAAAGAGAAGAUCCUUGAACAGCAAGGUAGCAUCGAGCCAUUCGAAUUGAAUGUAAAUGUUUUAACACAAGCUCAUUGGCCAACGUACCCGCAAGUCGAAAUCAUCAUUCCACAAGAGAUGGCUGCGGCUACCGAAAGGUUUGCCAAGUUUUAUGAAACCCGUAAUCAAGGCAGAACGUUGCAUUGGACCCACUCACUGGGAACCACAAGUAUUACGGCUCAAUUCGCCAAAGCUGGAGAGAAAGAAUUACUCGUCAGUACCUUCCAAGCUGUCGUUUUGCUUUUGUUUAAUACGUUACCCUCAGGUGCCAAAUUGACUUAUGGGCAGAUCAAACAACAAACCGGAUUGGAGGAAAAGGAAUUAAAGCGAACAUUGCAAUCGCUUGCAUGUGGUCAAAUCCCAACACGUGUAUUACGUAAAGAACCUCAAGGAAAAGAAGUGAACGAAAGUGAUCAAUUUGCAGUGAAUGAACAAUUGAAGAAUGAACGCAAACGAAUCAGGAUCAAUAUGAUUCAAUUAAACGAAACUCAAGAAGAGCAAAAGAGUACGGUUGAUAGGGUUAUGUUUGAUCGUGAAAUGGUUUUACAGGCUACUGCCGUUCGAAUUCUUAAAGCGAAAAAGACGAUCAAACAUGCUGAACUUUUGCAAGAGAUUGUUCAAGCUAUCGCUUCUAGAUUUACAGUCGAUGUUGGUGAAAUCAAGAAAGCGUUUGAGAUCUUGAUCGAUAAAGAAUACAUGGAACGUGUCGAAGGUCAAAGAGGCAUGUAUCGCUAUCUAGCUUAA